AUGGAUCGGGCGAACCACUUAUUUCUCCCUAUUCAAGGUGCAGAUGUUGCCGCAGCGGGGGCGGAUAUCCCACAAAGCGAUACCUCGGAGACGGUGUACCUCUCAUCGCUGGCGCUGCUGAAAAUUCUCAAGCACGCACGUGCGGGUGUUCCCAUGGAAGUCAUGGGUUUGCUUCUCGGCGAGUUUGUUGAUGACUGGACGAUAAACGUCGUAGACUACUUCGCUAUGCCGCAAUCGGGUACUGGCGUGUCUGUCGAGGCCAUUGACGCCGUGUAUCAGCAGCAGUUUCUGGAAGCGCUGCAGCAGACCGGUCGGCACGAGGUCGUCUGCGGCUGGGGUCACAGCCACCCUGGCUUUGGUUGCUGGCUGUCUGGCGUUGAUGUGAAUACGGCGCAGUCAUUCGAAGCGUUGAACGCUCGAGCGGUAUCCCUUGUCGUGGAUCCUAUCCAGUCUGUGAAAGGCAAGGUAGUCGCGGACACUUUCCGGACCUUGAACCCUCAGCUUGCCAUCCUUGGCAUGGAGCCGCGACAGACGACCAGUAACGCGGGUAGUUUGAACAAGCCUUCCAUCCAGGCACUGAUUCACGGGCUUAAUCGCCACUACUAUUCCCUGAGAAUGGAGUACAAACUGAAUGAUUUGGAAAGAAAGAUGCUUCUGAAUCUAAAUAGACCCAAGUGGACGCGAUCGCUUUCGUCGCGGGACCAAGAUCGCCAGCGGGAACAUAGUGAAACCACGUUGAAGGACAUGGUGUCCUUAUCCAAACUCUACACAGACAUGGUGAAGGAGGAGCUGCGUUCUCGAUCGAAGGAGGAGCUCGCGGUGUCGCGCGUUGGCAAACUUGAUGCAAAGCGUCGCCUAGCGGACGGCGUGAAGAGGCUCUGUGACGAGAACUGCCAUCAGAUGCUCACAAUGAACCUGCUGAAGGCGCUUGUCUUCCCGAAAGCGGCGGGUCUACAGAGCACUGCAUCCAGCAGCUAG